AUGGCUGUUGGCAAGAACAAGAGGAUCUCGAAGGGAAAGAAGGGUGGGAAGAAAAAGACCGUCGACCCCUUCUCUAAGAAGGAUUGGUAUGACAUCAAGGCCCCGUCGGUGUUCAGUGUGCGCAACAUUGGGAAGACUCUAGUGUCCAGGACACAGGGUACCAGGAUUGCUUCUGAGGGUCUGAAGCACAGAGUCUUUGAGGUUUGCCUAGCUGAUCUUCAAGGCGAUGAGGAUCAGGCUUACAGGAAAAUCAGGCUCCGUGCAGAAGAUGUGCAAGGCAGGAAUGUGCUCACAAACUUUUGGGGCAUGAAUUUUACUACUGAUAAACUUAGAUCCCUAGUGAGGAAGUGGCAGACAUUAAUUGAAGCCCAUGUUGAUGUCAAGACAACCGACAACUACAUGCUGCGCUUAUUCUGCAUUGGCUUCACCAAGAGGCGCCCAAACCAGGUCAAGAGAACCUGCUAUGCUCAGGCAUCCCAGAUCCGGCAGAUCCGCCGCAAGAUGGUGGACAUUAUGGUGAACCAGGCCUCUUCCUGUGAUCUUAAGGAGCUGGUUUCAAAGUUUAUACCAGAAGUGAUUGGCAAAGAGAUUGAGAAAGCUACCUCCAGCAUCUUCCCGCUUCAGAAUGUUUUCAUCCGCAAGGUGAAGAUCCUGAAGGCCCCAAAGUUUGACCUUGGGAAGCUUAUGGAGGUUCAUGGUGACUAUAAAGAGGAUGUUGGCGUGAAGCUUGAGAGGCCUGUCGAGGGAGAUGAGGCUGGACAGGAGGUUGCGGCUACUGCGGAGUAG